CCCAAAGCCCGCCUAUAUAAAGGUACAUGUGGAGUCCAGGAGAAUGUAAAGGUUCAGCUGACUGGCAAAAGGGAGUUUGCUCUUUGGGACAAGAUCAGUGAAAGUUUUAACCUGCAUUCAAGAGGGAUUACAUUGGAGUCCUGCUUUCAAUCUGCUCUGCAGCCUCCAGAACUACUCAGCGCGUCUGUUCCGGACGAAGGGGGCGGUGGGGUGGCGCCACGUCAUAUCAGCCGCCGCGCUCUGAUUGGCUGUCGAUUCUCACCCGACACAGCUGUGAUUGUUUUCUGCAGAGGAAGCUGUUGCCCCCGGAGAACAAGGAGGGGAUCCUGGGUAGAUUAGUAGCUGUGGCGCGGAUGAACAGGAGUGGAGGCUCCUGUUUAUUGGACCAGACACUGACGACGUCUGGAGAUCAAGCCCAAAAGUGCCAAAUGCCCAGACUGGAGGAUCACUGCUGGAGCUGCUCCUGUGCAUCAAGGGUUGAAAGUAAGCACUCAUCUGGAGCUAACUGGAUAGCAUCUAAAGCUGAAGAAAUGAUGUCCAUUAUCACUUCAGUGCUUAGCAAUGCCUAUGGCUCUCUGCACGACGUCCGGACAGCCAACCUCAUCCGCCGGGGUCUGGUCCUCUUCACUGUGGGAGCGUUUCUCGCCCUGGUGCUCAACUUGCUGCAGAUUCAAAGACAUGUCACUCUGUUUCCAGAAGAGGUGAUGACAACUUUGUUCUCAUCUGCUUGGUGGAUCCCUCCUUGUUGUGGAACAGGAGCCGCUGUCAUCGGCCUGCUGUAUCCCUGCCUCGACAGCCAUUUGGGAGAGCCACAUAAGUUCAAGAGGGAGUGGGCCAGCGUCAUGAGGUGCAUCGCAGUGUUCGUAGGCAUCAACCACGCCAGUGUUAAACUAGACAUUGACAACAACGUGCAGCUCUCCCUAACCCUCGCAGCCUUGUCCUUGGGCCUGUGGUGGACAUUUGACCGGUCCAGGAGCGGCUUUGGUUUGGGGAUCACCACUGCCUUCCUUGCAACCAUCAUCACACAGCUGCUGGUCUACAAUGGAGUCUACCAGUACACAUCUCCAGACUUCUUGUAUGUACGCUCCUGGCUACCAUGUAUAUUCUUCUCAGGCGGUGUUACUGUGGGAAACAUUGGACGACAACUUGCCAUGGGCGGUCCAGAGAAACCCCACAUGGACUGAGCGGCUGAAAAUCACAUGAAGGGCAGCCGUUGUCCAAAUGGACAAGUUAUGUGAAGAACGAGACGAGUAACAUGAGAAAAAAGACUCAUUGUUUUGACUUCAUCCUUUGUUCUAUCAACAAAGUGCGGGUCAGAAGAAGCCCCUCAUCUAACGUGCCAUGUCCUCUGCACCUCCCUGUGGCCAAACAACCUCCUCCUCCCACCCUUGUUGUCCUCCAUUAGCAGUACAGCUUACUUCACACUAAGACCAGAGGACAGUGUUUGCCUUCUGUUUUGUUUCUUUGAAGUGAACUGUUUUUGAUUUCAUGCUGGAAGUUUGUUUCUUUCCGUAGUUUAUGGAUUGGAAGGUUGCGUGUAUGAUUUAGUGUGAAUGUAUCCUGAUCUUGGCAGACGUAAAGUGAGAGGGGUGCUGUAACUUUUAGCCUGAAUAUUAUAUGAUCAUAAAAGGGAAUAUUGCAUGAGUGGGCAAAUAACAGUGUGUUCACUCUCACAUAGAAAUGUAUUCAGCUGCCACAGUUGCAUCACUGAAGCACAGGGUAGAUGUAUGUUCCCAGUCAAACCAAAUUAAGUAUUUAUUUUAUGAGUUUUGAAUGACCCCAAACCAAAUGUACCACGAUUGACAAUGAAUGAUGCCUCCCAUUGGGAAGCAAUUGAUGGAGAUUUGUGAAACAGCUUUUGUUUAAAUGUUAAGAUCUGUUUGGUAAAUAUGUAGCUAGCACCAGAAGCAGGUUAGCUUGUUUAGACUUGGCACAAAUACUAACACAGGGUUCGGCUAGCGUGUCCUUGCUGAGAGUACCAAAACGUACCUGCCAAUUAAAGUGUUUUAUCUGUCAGCUGGCCUAACCACAUGUUUACUGUACGGAGCAGUUUUGACCUUAUUGUAUGAGUUAAGGUGCUCCUUUAUUGAGAGCUGUGUGGUAAAUGUGCUAGCUGAAGCCUGCAAUCAGGAGAAGGCUGGCAACAUGGAAAUAUCACCCUGGCAAAAUCUGCCGAAGGCUCAGUAAUUAACAUUUUGCAUUUGUGUCCUUGAUUCAAACUUUAAAGGCUAAGCUAACUAGCACUAGCUACAUAUUUACCCUACAGCCACCAGAGUGGUGUAUUGGAGUGUAAUGAGGAGGUACAGGAAAUGUGUCCAGGAGUGCCAAGUCGUUUGAUACACGUUUAUACUGGCUGAUAUUCACUUGUUUUUCUUGAAUUAGUGGUAUUUAGCAGUGAAUCAUGUUGUAUUCACAGCUAACUGUCUGUCAGUGUAAAAAUCACAUGUUUUGGAAAACUCCCCUGAGACCUUCGGUUUGUCGUUUUGUCUGUUCUGGCAAGUUUCAGAGAGACAGACGGAGGAUUGUUAAGUAAGGAAGCAGGGAGAGGUAAGACCUCAAAGCAUUAGUCUGGUUGAAAGUAUGCCAUUCUGAGCGUAUUUAGUGUUUUUUGACUAUCAGGGCGAGAAAGUCACAGCGGUGGAUGUUUUUUCUUAACAAAUGUUCUGGAAGUUUACUACAACUUCUUCUGCCAGCAUCUUUGGUUUUUGUUUAAAACCAGUUUGAAACUUUUUAUCUUUUGCAACCAGGUGUUAAAUGUCUCAUGCUCCCCACUGAGACAAACAUUUUACUGUGUGAUGGCACACAUUUCCCAUUUCAAGUUUUAUUUUCAAACAAUAGUUUGGGAACGCUAAGAGAGGGCAGGACAUUAUGACUUAAGAUUUGCAAUCUGUGAUUGCCGGUGUAUUAUAGAAUGUAGUGCUUUUGUCACUAUAACAGUUUAGUUUUAUCAUGUGUACAAACAUUAUGACAUUACAGCUUGUAUGUAUAAUGGCUUGCCUUUGUAAUCAGACAGGUAUUAUUACCAUACUAGACUAGACUAGGUAGUUUGUGUUUGGGGGUCUAGAGGAUUAAGUGCAAUCAGAUUAUACAUGAGCCGAUUAUUCUUCCUUAUUUAUUAUUUCUGACAAAGGCUAAAAAAGUACAUAACAUGUGUAAGUAUAUGCAGUGUGGAUACUUCAAAAAGAGCAAUAACGUCUUUGGUUUUUUGGUCAGAGAUUACAUGCCUUCAGGGUCGUCCAAUGACUCUCUCAAGAGAUGACAUAAAGUACAUACAUUGUGUCAAACUGGUGUGACAAAAAAAGAAAUCUCAUUUAGUAGCAUAAUGGAAGGAAACCUGAUUUAUUUUUUUAAAUACUUUUUGAGGCAGAUCACUUUUUGGGUUGAAUCUGCUGAUGUUCAGGUGUGUUUAACUGAAGAGGAAGCUUUAUUUUUCAAGGUGGUGAAGCACCUUUUGUUUUGAUGUUUUAGAGUUGUGUGUGUGUGUCUGAUAUUUCAGAUGUGUAUCAUUUUGCUACCAUGGAUUUAAGUGAAAAUAAAAACACCUGACGAGGA